AUGGGGUACAGUCAGACAGUUCCUAGUGGUGCUGAGGGAAUUCCCCAAGGAGAGCCAGGACCUGCUGGGCCACCUGGGGCACCUGGACCAGAGGGACCUCCAGGACCUCCAGGACCUCCUGGACCUCCAGGCAAUGAGUUACCGGGACCUGCAGGACAACUUGGACCUCCUGGUCCACCUGGAAUUCCAGGAGUUGGAAAACCAGGUUUGCCAGGAAGCCCUGGUAAACCUGGAGGAAUUGGUGCUCCUGGGCCUCAAGGAGAAAUGGGUCCUAGGGGUGAAGAAGGACCACCAGGGCAGUCAGGGCCUCAAGGACCCCCAGGACCACCUGGACUCCCAGGAAUAGGUAAACCAGGAAUACAGGGUUUACCAGGUCAAAUGGGGCCCAAAGGUGAGCCAGGUCACAAAGGCCUUCCAGGUUUGCCAGGACUGCCGGGACCCAAAGGAGACAAAGGGAUGGGGCUGCCAGGACCACCUGGUCACAAAGGGCAUCCAGGGCUCCCUGGACCUGCUGGGCCAAGAGGAUUGCCUGGUUUUGGAAAACCUGGAUUGAAUGGCACACCAGGCCCACAAGGACCACCAGGAUUAAAGGGACAACCGGGAGAGCAAGGACCAGCAGGACUACCAGGUGAAAAAGGACAGCCUGGCUCACCAGGUCUACCUGGUCAAGGGAAGCCAGGUCAAAAUGGUCCACCAGGACAACCAGGCAUGCCAGGUGUGAAAGGUCAUCCAGGACCACCAGGUUUACCAGGAAAGCCAGGAUUGCCAGGAUUUGGUAAACCGGGGCUCCCAGGACCAAAGGGUGAUAAAGGUAUGAGUGGGCCACCUGGAUCACCUGGACCAAAGGGAGAUAAGGGUUAUAGCGGUCUGCCUGGUAUGCCUGGACCUUCUGGACCAAACGGCCCUCAAGGUCAUCCAGGCCCUAUUGGGCCCCCAGGGCCUAUGGGUACACCUGGUCCUAAAGGUGACUGUGGUGAAGGAGGGCCUAAAGGUCUUGAUGGUACCAAGGGUGAGCCUGGUCCUCAAGGGUUACCUGGAAAGGAUGGCUUGCCAGGAGACCGUGGAGAGCCAGGACCAAGAGGCCCACAAGGACCAAUUGGUGCCAAAGGAGACAUUGGACAUGACGGUCUACCAGGUGUCCCUGGUCCUUCAGGACCUCCUGGUCUUAAAGGAGAAAGAGGAUUACCAGGUGAAGUGGGACCUCAAGGCCUUAAAGGAAUCCCAGGAAUGGAUGGUGCAGUAGGACCAAAUGGGCCUCCUGGUCUUCAAGGACCAAAAGGAGAUUAUGGUCCUCCUGGUCCACCAGGCAUUUCAGUUGAAGGGAGUCCAGGUCUACCUGGUCCUAUGGGACCCCAGGGAAAAGAGGGCCCAUCAGGACCCCCAGGGCAACCAGGUCUGCCUGGCCUGCCUGGACCACCAGGUCCCCCUGGAGCACCUGGUCUGUCACCCGAAAUGGCAGGAGUGCUCUCUGAAAUGGGCCCAGCACUAGAUGGCGUUAAAGCCGGAGGUUAUGGCAAGAAGGGCAAGUAUGGAGGCAAUGGGGCAGAAGUAAUAGGUCCCAGUGGGCUGGAAAUGCCAGCAUUCACAGCUGUAACGACGAUUCCUUUUCCACCUGUGGGCGCUCCAGUCAUCUUUGACAAGCUCUUGUAUAAUGGUCGCCAAAACUACAACCCAGAGACUGGAAUUUUCACUUGUGACAUACCUGGCAUUUAUUACUUUGCCUACCACAUUCAUUGCAAGGGAGCUAAUGUUUGGGUGGCUUUGAUGAGAAACAAUGAGCCUGUGAUGUAUACAUAUGAUGAAUACAAAAAGGGUUUCCUAGACCAAGCAUCAGGGAGUGCAGUAUUACCUCUACAACCUGGGGACACUGUGUAUAUUCAGCUGCCCUCAGAUCAGGCUUCAGGACUUUAUGCUGGACAGUAUGUGCAUUCCUCCUUUACUGGGUACUUGUUAUAUCCAAUGUAAAAUCACAAACUGCAGAAAGAAAGAGAGAGGGGCUUUGGUAAGAAUUACACAAGAGCUUAUUUUUGUAUGAUAUAAAACAUAAAUUACUCUACAAUGAGCAUACUUUUAAUGCAAAAUCAGCAAAUUGUUGAUCCAGUCAAUGAAGAGCAGAAAACAAGAUAAAAUAUAUUAAAGUUAAUAUGAAAUCUGCAGUCUGUAUAAACAAUAGUUUUAUAGCAUAAAGCUUAAGAGAUGUUUUAACUGGGAGAGCAAAAAUAUGUCUUUUACAGCACUGGAUGAUAUGAAAGAAUGUACAAACAGCAUACAAAAAAUAGCUACAGAGGUACUUUCAUACACAAAGUGCCAACAAUUCUUAAGAGUGCAAAUUAUUAGUAUAAACAUGGAAGUGAACAUGUGACGUUUAAGUAAAAGAGGGAAAAAAGAAAUGGUAUAAUGAUAGUUACACUGUUGCAGCAGUGUCAAAUUUAGUCAUGUCUUUAAAAUUGGCAGCUACUCCA